AUGGGGAACGAAGCUAGCCUGGAGGGUGUGGAAGGGGGGCUGGCCGGACUACCAGAAGGGGUUGUAGGGGAUGGGAAGGGGGGUUUUGUCCAGAUCCCUGCAGGAAUGGAGGCGGAUCUGAGCCAGCUGAGCGAGGAAGAGAAGAAACAGAUCGCAGCUGUAAUGUCAAGGGCGCAAGGGCUACAGCCUGGAAAUGCAAAGGAUCCUCCCAUAGAAAGGAAACCAGGAGUAGGUGAAACCCAUCAGCCUAGACAGCCCGGAAAACCCCCAGACCAGGGUCCAUCUGGUAUCACUAAAAGCCAAACAACCAAUGUCUUUAAGACAGAAAAACCCAAGCCUGGAAGGAGCCCCUCCUCCAUCAGCUUGCUAGAGUCACGAUCACGGCCUGAAGUGAACGAGGAUCCAAAAGCAGCCAUGAUGCCCAGCUUCUUCAGUGAGGGCAACCCCCUCAGCGCGAUGUCUUCCGUAGUGAACAAAUUCAGCUUUUUUGGGGAUGCAGAGGAAACGCAGGAGGAGGCCCUCAAGAAGCAGCAGAAAGCACAGUCACAGCAACCAGGGCCAACUAAAGCAACACAGCAACAAGGGUCCCCAAAGCUUACACAGCAACAACAGGGGCCUUCAAGACCUGGGCCUCAGCAACAAGCAGUGCCUAUACAUCCACAGCAGCAGGGGCCUCCCAAAACUGGUCCUCAGCAAAAAGGGCCCGCUAAAACUGGACCGCUGCAACAAGGGCCUACUAAAACUGGACCUCAGCAACAAGGGCCUCCCAAAACUGGAUCUCCGCAACAAGGGCCUGCUAAACCAGGCCCACAGCAAGGGCCUGCUAAACCAGGCCCACAGCAAGGGCCUGCUAAACCAGGACCACAGCAAGGGCCUGCUAAACCAGGACCACAGCAAGGGCCUGCUAAACCAGGCUCACAGCAAGGGCCUGCUAAACCAGGCCCACAGCAAGGGCCUGCUAAACCAGGACCACAGCAAGGGCCUGCUAAACCAGGACCACAGCAAGGGCCUGCUAAACCAGGACCACAGCAAGGGCCUGCUAAACCAGGACCACAGCAAGGGCCUGCUAAACCAGGACCACAGCAAGGGCCUGCUAAACCAGGCCCACAGCAAGGGCCUGCUAAACCAGGACCACAGCAAGGGCCUGUUAAACCAGAACCACACCAAGGGCCUGCCAAACCAGGACCACAGCAAGGGCCUGCCAAACCAGGACCACAGCAAGGGCCUGCUAAACCAGGACCACAGCAAGGGACUGCUAAACCAGGACCACAGCAAGGGACUGCUAAACCAGAACCACAACAAGGGCCUGCUAAACCAGGACCACAGCAAGGGCCUGCUAAACCAGAACCACAGCAAGGGCCUGUUAAACCAGGACCACAACAAGGGCCUGUUAAACCAGGACCACAGCAAGGGCCUGCUAAACCAGAACCACAGCAAGGGCCUGCUAAACCAGGACCACAGCAAGGGCCUGCUAAACCAGGACCACAGCAAGGGCCUGUUAAACCAGAACCACAACAAGGGCCUGUUAAACCAGGACCACAACAAGGGCCUGUUAAACCAGGACCACAGCAAGGGCCUGUUAAACCAGAACCACAGCAAGGGCCUGCUAAACCAGGACCACAACAAAGCCCUCCAAACCAUGGACCUCAACAGCAAAGUCCUGUCAAACCUGGUCCGCAACAACAAAGUCACGUUCAGCUUGGACCUCAACAGCAAGGACCUGCCAAACCUCCCUUCCAGCAGCCCGAUCCUCGAAAGGACCCAUCUAAACAAGAAAUCCUUUUUAGCCAAUCACAAGGCCCAUCUUCCAGUUCUACACCAGCCCAUAAGAAAACUCUUUGUCCUCUUUGUACAACAACUGAGCUGCUUCUUCACAUUCCAGAAAAGGCAAAUUAUAACACCUGCACACAAUGUCAUAUUGUGGUGUGUAGCCAGUGUGGAUUCAAUCCAAAUCCCCACAUGACAGAGGUCAAAGAGUGGUUGUGUCUGAACUGUCAAGUGCAAAGAGCAAUGGGCAUGGAUGUCUCUGGACCUGCAAAGCCACAAGCUCAGCAGCCCAAACAGCAAGUCACCCCUGGCUCCCCUCAGAAGGGCAAACAGGCAUCACCAGUACCACCGCUUCAAAAGACUGAACCAAGCAAGGCACCAGAGCCAAAAAAACCUUCUCCACUAGCCAAACAGCAGUCUAUGUCCAGUUCUCCACCCAUAAAGCUUAAAGAACCCUUGAAUGAUUCUUUGACCCAGCAACCAGCACAGCAGAAAGAUUCAACUCCCAAGCCUGACCCAUCAAGGCCACAAAAGGAUAGUAAGCAGAAACAAAUGGGGGUUCAGAAACCACCAGAUCAGACUGUGUCUACCUCUUCUGCUCCUGGCAUCAAACAAGCUUCACAGGUUCCCCAAGGUCCAUCUCCUACACAACAGCUUACACAGGUACACGAUCCAGCUAAGCCAACAUCACAGCCUCUACAAGCUGGUGUAAAACAAAUGCAAACUGAUCUGAAAUCACAGCCCCAGCAGAAAUCCAACUCAAAACCCACAGAUCAGUCAUUGGAAGCAAAGAGUCAAAAAUCUGGAGACCCCAUAAAACAAGCGCAUACACAGUUGAAAGAAACAGCUAAGGGUGUGACUCCUAAAACUGAUUCCAAAACUGGUUUACCAGUACUGGAGACAGCAAAAUCUGAACAGCAGCUACCAAAAGGUUCCCCAAUACCAACAUCUGCCAAGCCUACACAGCCUGCACAAGUGCAACUCAUUCAGCAGCCGCCAAAACCUCAAGAGCAGUCAAGACGGUUCAGCUUAAACAUUGGGGGUGUAACAGAGACACCUAAGCCACAGCCUACCACUCCUCAAGAAACUGUAACUGGCAAGCUAUUUGGAUUUGGAUCUUCAUUCUUCAGUCAGGCAUCAAAUUUGAUCAAUAUGGCAGACAAGCCAGCAGAACAGCCUGCUCCCGUUGCUAAACAGCAACUUCCUUCUCAGCCUGUGACUCGUCAGCAACCACCCAAGGAAGCCAGUUCGGCUCAGGCCUCUCCAAAACUCCCCCCUGCCAAAAAGGAAACACAGCCUCCAGUGGUACAGAAACAAGAGCAACCAGUUGUUGGAAAAACCCCUGCCUCUGGUCAGGAGAAAAAAUCUAUUUCUGAAAAAGAAGUUAAACUGCCGGUAGAGGCAACUAAGACCGUGGCAGGAAGCAAUGCUCCCCCUGCACCUCCCAAAUCAAACUGUCCACUCUGUAAAGUUGAGCUCAACAUUGGUUCUAAGGAUCCACCUAACUUUAACACUUGUACUGAAUGCAAGAACGUGGUAUGCAAUCUUUGUGGAUUUAAUCCAAUGCCUCACCUCACAGAGAAAGAAUGGCUUUGCUUAAACUGCCAGACACAAAGGGCCCUUGCUGGACAACUUGGAGACAUGGGAAAAAAGACACCGCCAAUGCCUGUCUCCAUGAAACCAACAGCCAAGCAUCCCCCAGCACCUAAAAUUCAGCCUGGGCCCACAGAACAGCCACCUACUCAAAAAAGCACUGAAGUCAUCAUUGAACCCACACCAAUAAAAGUGCAACAAAAAAAGGAGGAAGUGCCAUAUAAAGGAGAAACAGCCACAGUCCCUGUGAUAGAAAAGAAGGAUGAGAAAAUACCUCCAAAGCAAUUGACAAGGACACCUUCUCUUGACAAAACACCACCACAGAAGCCUAAAGACAUAAGCCAACCUGAGGUCAAGAUAGACAAAAGUGAGAAAGCGUCAGUCACUGAGCCUACGAAGCCCUUGCCAGACACAUCUUGGAAAACAGAUCAAGUUGAACAGAAAAAGGAAACUGAUGCACAUGGAGUACAGAAAUUAGAUAAGACUGCUCCAGCUCUUCAAGUAUGUAAGCAAGCAGAGGGUGGUCCUACUACUGGGUCAGCAGAAACCUCCUUGUCCAGGACACAAGAGAAGAAGCAUAUGACAGAGAUUCCAGUCGAAGCACAGUCAUUGAAAAAGCCCAUCCAAGUGGAAACUGUGAAAGAAAAGCCUGAAAAGGAAGAUGAUAAAUCUGAUACUUCAGGUUCUUCACAGCAGAAAAGCCCCCAAGGUUUGAGUGAUACUGGCUACUCAUCUGAUGGUAUCUCAAGUUCACUAGGUGAAAUCCCAAGUCUUGCUCCAAGCGAUGAAAGGGACUUGCUUAAAAAGCCUUCAAAAAAGGACUCACUUUCUCAAGAGAGUAGUCCUUCAAGUCCAUCAGAUUUGGCUAAACUAGAAAGCACUGUGCUUUCAAUUUUAGAAGCCCAAACAAGCACAGUUGAAAAAGAUCCAUACAGCCUUUACUGUGAGCAGGAAAGGGAUCGCCACAGAUCUAGAACGUUGCCAAUCACCCCAGAAUCUUGCAGUUCGGAUGAUGAGGAUCUGGAAGACAUCCAAGAAGAGGAUGAAGAAGCACUGGAAGAGGAAGAUCAGAGUGAUGCAUCACCUAGAAUAUAUGUCAGAAAAGGUCACGAUUCUAAGAAUGGUAGUUCAGCAAGUAGGCAACAUUAUGAUUCCAUUGAAGACAGCAGUGAAAGUGAACAUUCCCCUCUCCCGCAAAGAAAAAAGAGGGUGAGUAUUGGAUCCUCCAGUAGCGAUGAAUACAAACAAGAGGAUAGUCAGGGUUCUGGAGAUGAAGAAUUCAUUCGGAAACAGAUAAUUGGCAUGAGUGCAGAUGAGGAUGCAUCUGCUUCUGAUGAGGAUGAUUACAUUAGGACUCAGAUUAAAGAAAUUAAUGCAGAGCAGAAAAAAGAUCAUGAGGAUCGAAAAAGCAAAGGCAAAAAUUCAGCAGGGAAAAGCAAACGACUAACCAAAAAAAGUAGCACAAGUCAUGAGGAUGACCCAGGGAGGAGGCAUUCAUGGCACGAUCGUGAUCAGGAAGAGGAAGUGUGUGAUGAAAGCCCGGAGUCAAAGUUCAGAGAAACCAAAAGUCAGGAAAAUGAAGAACUCUCUAUCUCAAGUGGAGGAGGCCUCAGACGUUUUAAGACAAUUGAGCUAAACAGUACCACUGCGACACCAUAUAUAGAAGGGCCAGAGAAACAGAGGAGUCAGGAAGGCUAUGAGGGAGAGCUUGAGAUGGAAAGCCUAACUGACUCUCCUGAGGAUAGAUCAAGAGGGGAAGGUUCAUCUAGUCUACAGGCAUCUAGUUUUACACCUGGAACUUCACCUACAUCUGUGUCAUCACUUGAUGAAGACAGUGACAGUAGUCCCAGUCACAAAAAAAUGAGUGGAGAAAGUAAACAACAAAGAAAGGCCAGACACCGAGCACAUGGCCAAGUCCUUCCUACCAUUGAAGACUCUUCUGAAGAAGAAGAGCUGCGAGAAGAAGAAGAACUCAUGAAGGAACAAGAGAAGCAGCGUGAGCUGGAACAACAACAGAGAAAAAGCUCCAGCAGGAAAUCCAAGAAAGACAAAGAUGAACUAAGAGCACAGAGGAGACGUGAGCGUCCUAAAACACCUCCAAGCAAUCUGUCCCCAAUUGAAGAUGCAUCUCCUACAGAAGAGUUACGUCAAGCAGCAGAGAUGGAGGAACUCCAUAGGUCUUCUUGCUCUGAAUACUCUCCAAGUAUUGAGUCUGAACCUGAAGGGUUUGAAAUUUCCCCAGACAAAAUUCUAGCAGUUCAAAAGGUGUACAAGUUACCAACAUCUGUAUCCUUGUAUUCUCCAACUGAUGAGAAGACUAUUGAUAUAUCCCAAAAAGCUGCUACUCCAAAAUCUUUAAAGUGUGCAGAUGAAGUUUAUGAAGAAAUGAUGCAGAAAGCUAAACUGCUUCAAAGUCAGAAGGAAACAGAUGUAACACACGAGAAGGAGCCAUUAUAUGGAGGUAUGCUAAUUGAAGACUAUAUUUAUGAAUCAUUAGUAGAAGAUACAUACAGUGGAACAACAGACUGCAGCUACUUAACUGCACAACAAGAAUCAAGCAAAGGAGUAGUGCAGGAACCUACAAAAAAAUUAAGAUCGCCAGAUCAGGUUUUUGAUGAUAUGAUGCAAAAAUAUCGAACAGAAGAGGAAUAUUAUUAUUCACAGCCAUCAAACAAAACAUUUUCUCAGCAUGACAUGAGUUUGCCACCUUCUGUCAGUAAGAUAAGCCAGGUUUCAGAUUCCACAGGAGGUAUAGAACCAUCUACAAAGGAAGAGAAAACACUGCUGGAUGCAGAUGCCGCUUAUGAGGAGCUUAUGAAGCGGCAAAGGGCUAUUCUGACACCUGGGACCAGUCCAACCCAGCCUUCUCCUGUUUCAUCAGACAUGUCUUUAACUUCAUCUGCAUCUGGGUUCAGGGAAAUGCAACGUGAAUCUAUAAUGUCAGCUCCCAUUACAGGUCAUGGACCUGCCACGUGCACAUCAGUAGUAGUCACAGUAGCUCCACUCAGCAGCACAAUAUACCCCAUUCCUGAUGUCACAAUUACACAACACUUUACAGCACAGGAAGAUAUUGAAGAGGAAUUCAUAAAUAAGUAUGCAAGUGAGUCACAGGAGCCCCACUCAACAGCUUCAUCAGAAGCAUCUCACCAUGCUACAAACAUCAGUAUACGGACAUCAACUGCAAGUACAACAUCCACAUCCGCAAUCACAGUAACAUCUUCAAUGACAAGUCCCAUUUCAGUAGUUUAUGAAACCCCAACUUCUGGAUCUACCCCUAUUUCAGUUUCAAUGAAAUACACACACCCAACACCACCACCACCACCACCACCACCUGUAUCAUCAUUCCAAAGCACUACAGGCAUAGUCUUUGUAGCGGAGGUCUCUUCUGCAACAAAAUCAACUGCUGCUGCCACCGAUUCUGCUGAUACAGUUAGUGUUCGCAAGUACAGAGACUCUGUAAUAGUUGACAUACCAGCUAAAGCUGAAGAUAGUACAUUUUCAAAGUCUACACCAGUGGUUACAUCAAUUGCCCCCCCUGCUUCAGGAGCUGAAAUAAGUUCAUCAGUGAUCAAUCCAACUUCAGUCAGUGUUUCCCUUGCACAGGUUUCUCCCACUACUGCACCCCUAACAGUGCCACCUAGCAUAGACCAUGUUGUAAUCUCAGUGCCAGGUUUUGACGGUUCUACUGAUGUUACUCACAAAAUGGUGAGGGAACCAGUUGUAACAAAAUUAGAAGAGGUAUUAAAACCUUAUGAACCUAAAACAACAGCAGUGAUGUGUUCAACAGGGGUUGCUGCUGCUCGGGCUGUCUUUCAGGCUACUAGCAAAGUCUCAUCAGCCUCUACUAGUUCAAUUUCUAGUACUCCGUCUCCUAUUGUUGUAAGUGUAUCCCCUUUGCCUAUUGUACCACGGUAUAAUUCCUCAAUAUUUACAACUGUCUCUACUGCUGUCACAACCACGGUGUCAAAGAUCCCCUCUACAACCUCUUCAGCCCCAUCUGUUUCCUCUCAAGUCGUCUCAUUUUUCAGAAGCUCUUCUCAGGAGUCUGUACAUGUACCAGUGCCAUCACCACCUCCUCCCCCUCCUCCUCCUCCAUUACCACCACCAACCUUACCCAAGCCAUCUAUUUACCACAAAAAGAAACCGCCAGUUAGUACACCAACAUUAAUUCCAACUAUUGCAACAGUUCCAGUUUCCGCAACAGUAACAUAUGCUAAGGCAACCAUUAUAACCACAUGCCCAAGUCCAUCGGUAAAAGGCUCAGUGGUUCCUGUUAUGAAAACUCCAGUUCCUCCACCUGUUCCACCUAAGCCACUAUCUAUCCCAGUAGGAUUGAUGUUUGGUCACAGAACAGUAGAAGGAGUUAAGCCUCCAAUUGCCCCUAAACCAGGGGUAGCCCAGCCAACCAUAACUACCAAGGGAUAUACAGGGGAUUCACAAGCAAGAUCCUUCGUCCCACCAAGCACAACUGCUAUGACACUAAAUCUAAUCACCCCAGCUGAAUGUAAAUUGAUAUCCCCUUCAUCCCCUAUGUCUCCCUAUUCUAAUAAAUCCUCACCAAGAUAUACUAAUUCUCUUCACGAAACCUAUGUGGUUAUCACUUUACCAUCUGAGCCUGGCACUCCAACAGAAUCUAUAACAACCCAGGCUCCUUUAGGGUGUCCACCAAAGCAACAGGGGCAAUCAAGCUUGUCACCUAUGUCUUUUACUCAGCAUACAAAAUCUGUGGAAAGCCAAGAAGUUAUGGGUCCAGAUAAAUAUGUUUCAAGUGUGAGUCAUGUUUAUUCCUCACUUUCUACUUCAGCAAAACCUCCUGUAACUUUGCCCAACAUAGUAGCACAAGUUGUGACCACAGAGGUUCAAAGAACUACAGUUUCUCUUGUUCAUGAAAGGUUGCCCACUACAAAUGUUGCCAGUGUUGUCAUUACCAUUCCCCCAGAAAUAGCUAAACAUCAACAACCUAAAACAAGUAAAGAAAAUGGCAACAUACAAUUUGUUGGUGAUGUGAUUGAUCUCCGUACUUUAACAAAACUAGAUGUUGAUAUGACUGAUAAAGGAAUGGAUUUAUCCACUGGUUCUGUGGAUUCAAGACGACAGUCUUGGUCAAGUGAAGGCAGUGGACGUCAGAUAAGUGCUGUGCAGCCAGAUAUUGUAAAUCUGAGUACUGAAUCAACGCCAGUAUCUACAUUAGCCAUUGUGACUGAGAGCAUAACCAUUGUGACUUGCACUGCUACUAUAGCAGCUUACAGCAGUGCAGGUGAGAGACAAGUGGAUAUAGGUCAUGCAAUAUCAAUGCCACUACAACUGACAAGAUCUAAGCCUUUUGAGCCUGUUGCCCAAAUAACCUACAGAACCUUGGAUACUCGGUCUAUAGCAAGCAGCAGUUCAGACACCCCUAUAAAUCUGUCUUUUGGUACUGCUGCAUAUAUAGGAGCUGGGAAGCCUGUAACUGUUGCUCCUACAGGGAUAACCAAUGGCUUCAUUGAUGUUUUUACAAACCCAGAAUCUUUUCAAAAUGGAGCUGUGGACCUAAGCACUACAAAGCCUCUUCGAACGAUGGUGGCUGUUAAUGAAUCUACUUCAGAAGUGGUUACUACCAUUAUAGAAGAAGAUGACAAACCUGUGGACCUAACUGCAGGAAGAAGAGCUGUUUGCUGUGAUGUUGUCUAUAAUCUUCCAUUUGGAGGGAUCUGCACAUCCCAGCAGCCUGCAAAAACUCUGCCUGAAGAUCGUUUUGGUUAUAGAGAUGAUCAUUAUCAAUAUGACCGCCCAGGACCUUAUGGCAUGCGAGGUAUUGGUAGCAUGAAACCUUCCAUGUCUGAAACUAACUUAGCAGAGGCUGGUUUGUUUCUUUACAAAAGCAAGAACAGCUUUGACUAUCGUAGUGAUGUGACAGAGGGUGCAGUGGACCUUACUUCUGGAAGACUAUCUGCAGGUGAAGCUUUGAACUAUUCAAGCAAGAGCACUGCCCCCUAUCCAGAGACCAGACAAGUGAUUUCAGGAACAGGAAUCAGUAUUCCACAGUAUUCACAAGCAAGAAUAAUCCCACCAAUUGGAACCCAAUAUGGAGUAAACAGUGUAUUAAGAUCAUCCAAUGGUGUUGUAUAUUCUUCAGUGGCGGCUCCAGUCCCAUCUACGUUUGCCAUCACUACACAGCCUGGAUCUGUCUUUAGCACAACAUACAAAGAUUUGUCUGGACUGCAUACUAGUGAUACCAUGCCAUCUUUGUCAAGUCUACAGAACCAACCACUUCCCAGGUCAUACAGUUUCUUAACAACCACAGCUACUGGUCAAGAAAGAACAGCUGGUCUUGAAACAAGUUUACAGAAUACACCAUUAGAAACAUUGCUGACAGGGCAGAGUGAGUUGAUUCCUACUGUAGCAACAGCUUCUGAGUCAUAUACAGAUGCAUCACUAGAUGCUAUCGCCAUGUCCCUGGAGGCAUUGGCCUCACCCAUUGCAUACGAUGACAGUAAGCAGCAACAGUAUCAAAUGGAACGUGAACUUCUUGAACUUGAAAAACUUAAGCAGCUGCGCCUAGCUGAAGAACUGGAAUGGGAACGCCAAGAGAUACAAAGGUUCCGUGAACAGGAUAAGCUGAUAGUCCAACAAGAAUUAGAAGAACUGCAUAGUAUGAAACACCAGCUGCUUUUACAGCAAGAAGAAGAGCGACAUGCUCACUUAAUGAUGCAACAGGAGACCUUUGCCCAGCAACAGAUGCAGCUUGAGCAAAUUCAGCAGCUACAGCAUCAACUGCAGCAACAACUGGAAGAGCAAAAAAUUCGACAGAUCUAUCAGUACAGCUAUGACCCAUCUGGCAGUGCUUCACCACAGACAAGUGCAGAACAUGUACUGCAGGAUACACAGUAUACAGCAGGAGAGAACAGCCAGUAUUGGUCAAUACAGGAUGAAACUGCAACCUCAUCUGCUUUAACUGGGAUUGAGCUUCAACAAAACGCUACCUGGUACACAGUUCCCUCAGAAGGGGUAGCUCAGUUUAUCCCUAGCUUGCCUACCUCUGUCUCCGAAAUGUCAUUAAAAGACAUUGAUGUACAAGAAGAUAGACAGCUGAAAAAGAGAAGCUCUAUGCCACGAUUACAUGGAAAGUACGAGGAACCUGACAAAGCAUUGCAUGAUGAUGUUAGAUCACACAUAAAGAUUGUAGACAGUGGAGUGCAAACAGACGAUGAAGAUGCUGUAGAUAGAUCUUAUACUGGCAGGAGACGGAGAACCAAGAAGAGUGUUGACACCAGUGUUCAGACAGAUGAUGAGGACCAAGAUGAGUGGGACAUCCCCACUAGGUCAAGACGAAGGUCACGGGUAAGCAAAUAUGGCGAAGGCACUGAGACAGAUAAAAAUAAGAACAAUUCUAAAGUAUCCAGCAUAGCAAUCCAGACUGUGACAGAAAUGUCAGUUCAAACCGAACCUGUAGGAACUAUAAGGAUACCUUCAAUAAAGUCACAAAAGGAUGCCAAGGUAGACAUAAAAAAACAUAUAUCGGCCUCAGAAAAGACCUAUAAAGGUAGUAGUUUAAGUUGCCAGACAGAAACAGAUGCAGAUAAACAAACUGGCCAGUACUCUCCUCAAAAAGACAAGAAGCGUCCGACGCCAUUAGAGAUAGGUUAUUCCACCCACCUGAAAGCAGACUCUUCCCUGCAAGUUGCUCCAUCACCUCCAAAAUCUCCUAAAGUUCUGUACUCUCCUAUUUCUCCUGUGUCUCCAAGUAAAUCAUUAGAAUUUGUGCCGUAUGAAAAAGCUCUUGGUGCUGAGAUUACUCCACAGAAAAUGUUGACGUCUGAAGCGUCCACCGCUCCUCCUCCCAGCCCUAGAACAAUGAAGAUGAUGCAGAGGUCUAUGUCUGAUCCAAAGCCACUGAGUCCUACAGCUGAUGAAAGUACCAGGCCUCAUUUUCAGUAUUCUGAUGGUUAUUCGACCAAAGGUAGUCAAAGCGGAACACCAUCCGGAACACAAAAAAAAGUUAAAAGGACUCUUCCGAAUCCACCUCCUGAAGAAGAUACAGCUGAAAACCAGUCCGGUUAUACCACUGUAGGGUCAGUUUCCCGUAGAAGAAUCUGCAGGACAAACACCAUGGCCAGAGCUAAGAUCCUUCAGGACAUUGACAGAGAGCUAGACCUUGUGGAGCGAGAGUCAUCUAAGCUUCGGAAAAAACAAGCAGAGCUUGACGAAGAAGAAAAAGAAAUUGACGCAAAGCUGAGAUACCUUGAAAUGGGCAUUAAUAGAAGAAAGGAUGCCUUGCUUAAAGAAAGAGAGAAGAGGGAGCGUGCUUAUCUGCAAGGUGUUGCAGAGGAACGGGAUUACAUGUCAGACAGUGAAAUAACCAACAUUAGGGGCACUAGGGUAGAUAGUCAGCAUGGCUUAGAAAGACCAAGAACAGCACCACAAUCAGAAUUUGAUCAGUUUAUGCCACCACAGACCCAACCUGAAUCCCAGUAUGCAGAACACACAAGUCCUUACACCCAAUAUCAAUAUGCCCCCCCUUCUCUACCAACACAAGCCCCUUCUCAGUAUCCCCAGCAAACCCAUUACCAGCAUCAAUCACUGUACCACCAGCAGGUUUCACCCUAUCAAACUCAACCCAGUUACUCAUCUGUACCUGAAAUAUCCUACGCACAAGCACAACUCCCUCAGUCCCAACAGCCGAACUAUCAACAUCCAUCACAGAUGCUGUUAAUGCAAAAGCCCAGGCAGACCACACUAGCUGAUCUGGAACCAAAGAUAACUACCAAUUAUGAGGUAAUACGCAACCAGCCCCUUAUGAUUGUACCUUCUUCCACUGAAACCACAUAUGCAGUUCCCCAUAUGGGCAGUUAUAGCAAUCUGGACCUGAGAAUAGGCUUGGAUGAGAGAAGUAGUAUGGUGAGCAGUCCCAUGUCCAACAUUUCGGCAGAUUCCUUCUAUGCAGACAUUGAGCAACAUACUCCUAGGAAUUAUGUUCUAAUUGAUGACAUUGGUGAACUCACCAAAGGUUCCACAUCUUUGUCUUCUACAUUUAACAUUCCUGACAAGGAUCUCACAAAAACAGAUCGACUGCUUCACACUGGUGAGCUACGAAGGACUCCAGAAGUAACAGAUUUCCUUGGACCAUUACAGACUUCUUCAAGGAUGCAUACCUAUGGAAAGACUGAUGAGGAUUCGAUGGAAGACCCAUAUGAAUUAAAACUGCUAAAGCAGCAGAUAAAACAGGAGUUUCGUAGAGGCACAGAAGGUUUGGAUCACAUGUCUGGGCUGCCCCACUAUUAUCAAAGUGAUAGCAGUUACAGACACUUCCCUAAAACUGAAAAGUACAGCAUCAGCAGACUGACUCUUGAAAAGCAAGCUGCCAAACAGCUUCCACCAUCUGUGCUGUACCAAAAACAGACCAAACAAAAAAAGCCUUUAAUGGACCCUAAAGUCACCAAGUUUUCUCCUAUUCAGGAAAGUAGAGACAUAGAGCCAGAUUAUAGUAAUUACCUGGCCUCUAGCACAUCCUCGGUGAGUGGUCUUUCCUCUAGAGCUAGAUUACUACAAGAUGAUAUUACAUUUGGACUGAGAAAGAACAUAUCAGAUCAGCAAAAGUACCUUGGGUCUACACUUGGUGCAAACCUUGCACACUCCCUUGGAAAUGCCUUAAAUCUGGUCCCAAACAUGCGAUCAUCACUGCAUGAUGACCUUGAUAAAUCAUAUCCCAGUGGCACUAGGUCAAGGCCUUCAUCAAGACCUUCAUCUGUCCAUGGACUUGACCUUUCAAUAAAAAGAGAUUCCUCCAGCACAUCACUGAGAUUAAAAACGCAAGAGAACGAACCCUUAGAUGUCUCAUACACUCAUGCAUCACCUUCUGUGAGAACAAAACCAACGAGCCUACCAAUUAGCCAAAGUAGAGGGAGAAUUCAAAUUGUAGCCCAAAACUCAGAGGAAGAAAGUCCUUUAAGUCCCGUUGGACAACCAAUGGGCAUGGCCCGUGCUGCAGCUGGACCACUUCCACCUAUUUCUGCCGAUACAAGAGACCAGUUUGGCUCAAGCCACUCCCUUCCUGAGGUCCAGCAACAUAUGAGAGAGGAAUCAAGAACCCGUGGAUAUGACUGGGAUAUAGCAUUCAUUAUGGAUGACUUCCAGCAUGCAAUGUCAGACAGCGAAGCAGGAGGCACUAGCUGGGAUUUAGAAGAAUGUGGUCCCAACAGUAAAACAAUUGAAAGCUCCGAGAAUACAUUGGAAUGCAACCCUCCUCUGCAUAACUACGCAUAUCACCUGCGUCAGGAGGAGACUGAUUGGUUUGACAAGCCACGGGAGCCCCGGAUAGAGAAUGGACAUGCCUUGGAUAGAAGACUCCCUGAAAGAAUGUCACACAGCAAGCAAAGCCAACACCAGCAGGGAGAAGCCAAGCCUAUUCAGUACAACUUCCCUUAUUCCAAAAUCAAACUGCAGAAGGACCCCAAAGAUCACAGUGUAUCAGGAAAUGGUUUAGGUAUUAGGGUUGUGGGUGGGAAGGAGAUUCCCGGGAACAAUGGAGAAAUUGGAGCCUACAUUGCCAAAAUCCUACCUGGAGGGACUGCUGAGCAUACAGGAAAGGUUGUUGAAGGAAUGCAGGUUUUGGAUUGGAAUGGAAUCUCUCUGACUGGUAAAACUUAUGAGGAAGUCCAAAGUAUCGUUGGUCAGCCAUGUGGGGAAGCUGAAAUAUGUGUAAGACUGGACUUGAACAUGUUAUCAGAUUCCAAAAACCCAGAGCACCUGGAGCUCCACGACCAAACAAAGGCCGCAGAAAGACAAAGGUCUCCAGGAGUUGAUCCUAAACAACUAGCAGCAGAACUACAGAAGGUUUCUCAGCAACAGGCACCUUCUUCAGUCACCUCAGCCACGGAGAAAGGCACCCAUUUUCACUCAGGCACUCCAUCAGCUGCCUCUAGUGCUGUCCCAAGCCCUGGCCAGCCUGGUUCACCAUCAGUGAGCAAGAAAAGACACAGUAGCAAGCCUGCUGAAGCUUCAAAAUCCCACUCCCAUCCUAUCACAGGUGAAAUACAGUUACAAGUAAAUUAUGACAAACACCUUGGCAAUCUUAUUGUCCAUGUUCUACAAGCAAGAAACCUUGCCCCAAGGGACAACAAUGGCUAUUCUGACCCUUUCGUUAAAGUUUAUCUUCUACCAGGGAGAGGCCAAGUCAUGGUUGUCCAGAAUGCAAGUGUUGAGAACAAGAGAAGGACCAAGUAUGUGCAGAAAAGCCUCAACCCUGAAUGGAAUCAAACUGUCAUUUAUAAAAACAUCCAUAUGGAGCAGCUGAAGAAGAAGACCCUGGAAGUGACUGUUUGGGACUAUGAUAGAUUCUCUUCCAAUGACUUUCUUGGGGAGGUUCUCAUUGAUUUGUCCAACACCUCCCACCUCGACAGUACUCAUAGGUGGUACCCUCUAAAGGAACAAGGUGAGAGCAUUGAUCAUGGAAGAUCUCAUUCUGGGCAGAGCAGCCAGCAGUCACCAAAGCCAUCUGUGAGCAAAAGCAGAAGUCAUGGAAUUUUCCCAGAUCCAUCCAAGGACAUGCAGGUGCCCACCAUUGAGAAAUCUCACAGCAGCCCUGGCAGCUCCAAGUCCUCCUCAGAAGGACAUUUACGCUCUCAUGGACCAUCACGCAGUCAAAGCAAAACCAGUGUCACUCAGACCCACCUUGAAGAUGCAGGGGCUGCCAUUGCAGCGGCCGAAGCAGCCGUCCAGCAGCUCCGCCUUCAACCAAUUCAUAAAAGCGGUCUGGCAAGUCAUGCCAAGAAGCAGCACAGACACAGCAUAGCGGGAGUCCUCCCAAUUCAAAGAACUCAAUCUGACAAUCUGCCUUCACCAGCCAAUGAGAGCAAAGACACAAGUCAGCUUGCCAUCAGGAAAGUGAUGUCUGAAGGACCGCCAAAGUCUGAAGGAGCAAGGUCCAACCACAGAGCCACUGACUCCUCUGUCUCGACUGCCUCAUCCAUCAGCAGCUUUGGGAGUGGAUACAGUGUAGACAGCGAAGGCAGCGCCACGGCAGGGGAAAAUAACAUCUUACCUGCUCCACGAAUGGGAAAGACUAUUCCAAAUGGUGCUGAGAAGCAACAAGGACUGGGCCUAUCAGAAAAAGAAGGGAAAACCCAAAUUAUGGGGGAGAUUAAAAUUGCCCUGAAGAAAGAAAUGAAGACUGAGGGAGAACAGCUUGUAGUGGAAAUUCUUCAAUGUAGAAACAUCACCUAUAAAUUUAAAUCCCCUGAUCAUCUACCAGAUUUGUAUGUGAAGCUGUAUGUCAUCAACGUAGCGACGCAGAAGAGAGUGAUUAAGAAGAAGACGAGAGUGUGCAGGCAUGAUCGUGAGCCUUCAUUUAAUGAGACAUUUCGUUUUAGUAUGAAUCCCGCAGGGCACUCUAUCCAGAUGUUUCUGGUUUCGAAUGGAGGGAAGUUCAUGAAGAAGACUCUGAUUGGAGAGGCCUACAUCUGGCUUGACAAAGUGGACCUAAGAAAAAGAGUGGUUAACUGGCACAAACUGUUGGUCAGCUCCACACAAAGUCACCCAUAACAACUGCUCAGGGUGUUUGCACAAUAUUUAUGUUGUUCCUUAGGAAAGAAGAAGUCCGGCUCCAUUAGUUUUGUUCUGUUAGCUACUAGUAGACCCCCAAAAGGGUGGGGAGAGAAAGUCCAGGUCAUACUGAGGCUGCCUCACUUCACAGAGGCCAGGUGAAGAACGAGUUACAGAAUAUAACAACUUUCAAAUUCACAAACAGGUACUUUCAAAAAGUAAAUGGAACUUCAAAUCACAUUUAACAGCAGUGACUUACUUAACUGGCAAGGAAGUAAGAACUGUAGGAAGGUGUUAAUCCAGAGAGGCUGGUUGCCAUAAAAUGGAAAGCAAGCUGGUUCUCUGUGUGACACAAAGGAGAUAUUUAUUUUAUGCAGUAUAACCUUGUGCAGGGUAUCACAAGACAGAAUUUGCACAUUGCACUUCUGAAUAGUGUGAAGGUGCAUUUCUUGACACCUCGAGUGUCAUUAAUGCAUUGCACAAAGACAGGAACAACGUUUUCAGAUGUACUUUCUUUAGAAGUGGCAUUCUAGUAACUAUUACAAUGAGAUCUGAUUUAUUGGUGGGGUUUUAAUCCAUUUUACUAGGACAAGAUGUGUUCCAAUUGAUGUUGACACAUUGAAUUAAUGUAUUUAUAAUUUUUUAUAUACUUAAUAAUUGCAACAUAGUGGGCAUUUGUUCGAAGAAAAAUGUUUUCUAUUACAGAUUUGAAUCGAUGUUUAUUUAUGUCUUAAGCAUAGGUCAGGUUGUCAUUUAUUUUUCUCUUUCCUAACACACAUUAUUACAUGCAUAUCACCUCAAAGGAGUAAUCCCUCAAAUGUCAAACACACUGCAUUUUAACACAGUAACAACAAACUAAAACAUUCCUGGAUGACAUCCUCAUGUUAGUAAGGACUAUUCAUUCUAAGUACAUAUGGGGUUUAUUCAGUAUUCUACAGUAUAGAUAUAUGACAUAGGAAAACACAGAAUAAAUAGGUUUCAUAUGCCAAUGAAAACCCUGAACUAGGGUUGGGGGUAUACUAUACCAGUAUUUAUGACUAUGUGCACUGUAAAGCAACACCUGAAACACUUGUUUGGGAUUGCCAUGGUGGAUUUUUGCUAAAACAAAACAAAACAAAAAAAUAGCCUAGAGAACCUCUGUUGCUUUAUGUAACAGCUUUGCUACCAUUUUAUCUUAAUGUUCUUUGGAAGCAGGAUAUUUAUUAUUUACAUACAAUAUAAUAUAUUAGGAAAACAAUGGCUUCAUCAAAAGCAAAUACAUGAGCUUUCCAUGAUUUACUGAUACAACUAUAGGCUAAGGUUUACAAAAAAAAAAUGAUACAACCCUGUCAAAUAUAGCAGAUAACAAAUGCGGAAUUUGAAGGGCCGUUUGCCAUUAUUCAUUUUAAUACUACAAUUGUCAGGGCCUGUUGUUUUUAAAGGGUGUGAAGCAGCUCUAGGGUUGCCAGUGUAAAAAAAGAAAAAAAAAAUCUGCAAAUGGUUUCCGUGGAAUUGUCAAAAAUUGAAUCAUCACUGUGUGGUUGAAAAAUAGUCAUCUGUAAUUGUCUGCCAGGAAGUGGCAGCUUGGGACCCUCAUGCAGCUUGCCCUGACAAGUGUUUUGCAGUUAUAGAAGUCAGAUAAUUAAUGUUGUGACAAAGCAUUCCCAGCAUUGCUUGUCUAAAACACAUUCCUGAAUAUCGUUGGGAAAUUUACAUGUAUUCUUUCAAUGCCAUUAAGAAGAUGUAUCCUACAAUUCAGCAGUACUGUGGAACAUAGUUGAAUUCCAAAGUGCUGGUAGUCCAUAGCGGUUGUAGUGUAGAUGUGAUUAGACUGCAAUUGAUGAAUAUGUGUUUGUGGUCUGUUUCAGACCAGUGCUGUCCCAUUGACAUUUAAAUUCUCCAAGAAGCAGAAGGUAUCUCCUGGUAUUUCACAUCUACAUCCAUAUACAGUGCAGUACAUGUGCUACUGCUGAAAACCAGUCUCCAAGUUUUUAAUUUGCACUGAGUGCUUAACAUUUAAUACAUUAGUGAAAUAAAUAGAUUAUAAACUUCUUCGAAAUUGACCAUUAUGUUUCAGUUCUAGAUUAAUUUUAAAGAGACUGAAAGUCUCCAUUAUCCUUAAUGAAACUUAUUAAAUGGGAAAGGAUAACUGCCUUGACCCUACAAUAUAAGAGGACAAGACCCAGACCCAGAAUUGCACACUGAAUAACAAUCUGACUGGCCUUCUAUGGCACAGUGCUACGAGACCUGAGACUUUCAAAUCAAUAUCAAUAAAGUUGCCAGCUAUGCUCUUGCAGUUUUAGAAGGCACAGGGUUGGUUUUAAAAGUAAAAUAUGCUUACAACAUGUACCAACCUAAUUUUUUGUAACCAAAUUCAUAGGUUCUGUUGAAGUAAUUCUAUGCAAAAUAGACGUUGUGCUUUUAAUGCAUUUUAUUAACACAUGAAUCAUAAGCAAGCAUUAUGUCUGGACAUACUUAUCUUAUAUAGAGAAUGAACUUACUUUCUGUUUGUAUAUUAUUCUAAAGAUUUUUUUUUUUUUUUAACCUGCCAGGUUGAAGUUUUAAAAGCUGUACAUGGAGGGUGUGCACUUUAAAUUUAAAUUAUACUUUGUAUUUUUAAUUAUUUGUUAUUGCACGCAAUAUAUUAUCCAUUUCACAAAAGCGUUCCUAUGUUGCAUUCAUGUGGUACCAAUUGAAGAGGAAGAGUUGAUUUGGGAGUAAUACAGGAAAGGGGCAUGUUUUGGGUCAACAGCAGCACAAAAUAUUUGUUUACAAACUGUUCUGACCUAUUAAUGAGAAGAUAUGUAUACCAUGUAAUGUAAUAAUAAUGUGGAUUUGCAGUUGCCAUUGUAAGUGGCUUAGUUGCUUUUCAGUAUUCAAAUUUAAGUUGACCACAUCCUUCCUGUACAUUGUAAUACAUCUGAUUUCUCAGUGUACAGUUUCUUAUUGGUUGCUCGUCAUUCCAUGUGUAUUUUACAGUAUUUUUUUUCAUUUACAGAACAUUUCAUUUAGAAAAUAUUAGUGUUACUUUAGAAAUGAACAAACAAAAAUACAUGUUUAUAACAGCCAAUACUUGCCAUACAUAUUAUUUGGGGAUAGAUAAUUUGAUCCACAUACAAAUUCAUUUAAACAUUGCUUUUCGUUAUAUAGAAUGAUACGGUUGAUCUUCUUAAAUCUUUAUGUGUGCUCCAUAUUUAGUUUUCAUAAAGCUCUCUUGUUUUCUUGUGAACUGGAAAUGAAGAAGUCUUACGAUUAUUGUGAAUUGUGAGAAUGUAGUUUCUUUAUUUAUAACCUUGUAAAUAUAUAUCAUUUUUUCUACCAGAAGAGAUUUACAUAUUUAUUACUUUGGUCUGGCAUUGAGCAUGUGAAUGUGAAAAACUGAUUCUCUUUGGCUUUAUCUGUAUAGUUGUCUAGUGAUGUGCUCAGGUUAAUAUUUAAUUGGCUGAAUAGAGUGUGUGCUGUCAACCUAUCAGAACCCACAGCAAACCUGAAGUUUUGCUUAUUAAGAACAGUAAAAUAAAAUAAAUAACAUUUAAAAAAAAAAUAAUAAUAAAAACUUCAGUAGUUCCAGGAGAAUUUCAAUGCUUUCACAUUGGAUGUUGCAUGUUUUGUUGGUAGUUUGUUAAUAUGAUUUUUGCUUCCAAGUUCUAUGUAAAUUUAAUUAAAGCAGUAUGAUAACUGUACAAAGAUAUGCUUGUAAAUCUUGUCUGGGUUUUCAAUCUGUGUAAAAAAAAAAAAAAAAAAAAAAAAAAAAAAAAAGAAUGAUGUCAUGGUUUUGUGGUUGUACACAGGAUGUAUCUUGAGAUAUUAUGCAAUUUGUGCUGUACAAAAAGCU